GUUGUAGGUGGUGGUGUAAAGAAAAUAAACAAUUAAAAAUGAAAAUCACUUCUGAGUAAAAUGAAAAUUACUUCUGAGUAAAACACACAUUCCCAAGUGUUUAACAUUCUUAUUUAGUGCUAACAUUUCUGAAGAAAAGAACCCUCGCUCUGUUUCCCAUGGCGAUAUUCCCACUCAAGGAAACAGCCUGUUUUGAUCGAGUAUGUAUGAGUUGAUUCGGUCCCCUGCUGAUUACAAGUUCCCCAGGGAUUUGUUGCUGUAGUGUGACAAGCCCUGUGAGCAGAGCGAGGGUUAAUAUGAGCAGCGCUGUGUUCCCUCCUCCUCACACACACACACACACACACACACACACCCUCGCUGAGACCAGCCCAGAGCCGGAGAGGACGGACUGGUAGCAGCUCUGAGAGCCGGCGGUUGUCCUUCUGCGAGUCUGCUCUCCCCCGGCUGCCUCGGUGUCCUCUGGCCCCCUCCCUCCAUGGGACUGCAGACCUGGCCGCCCAGUAGACCACUGUCCUCUAUGGCCUGCCUCGAUGUGGAGACCCCCUCCAUCUGCAGGGGUAAAUUUAAAUCAGUCCUCCAGCUGCGUCUGCAACAGAGGAGAUCUCGGGAGCAGCUCGCGGAGCAAGGCAUCAUGCCGCCACUGAAAACCCCCGCUGCCUUUCAUGAGCAGAUCCGCAGCCUGGAGAGAGCCCGGACUGGAAGCUUCUUAAAGCACAAACUCUGCAGCAGACCGCAGCGCUCCGAGCUGGUCCGUAUGCACAUCCUGCAAGAGACGCAGGCCGUACCCUCCCUGCAGGCCACGCAGAUGAAGCUGAAGAAGGCCAGACUGACUGAUGAUCUCAAUGAGAAGAUUGCCCAGCGGCCCGGACCCAUGGAGCUGGUGGAGAAGAACAUCCUGCCCGUGGACUCUGGCGUGGAAGACGACGUCGAUGGUGGCGAAGCCAACGGCUCCAAGCCAGCAGACAUUUUCAGCUUCGAUGAGGACAGCAGCGAUGCCUUAUCGCCACGACAGCCUGCCAGCCAAAAAUAUCUCAGCUCCACCUCGCAGAGGGCGUCUGAGGCCACUUCUACCUCCUCUUACUUAAACUCUCGCAUGCAGCACUCCCCACCGACCAGCGCGCAGUCCGCAUCAAGCGCGGUCGGCCUGCUCCCCGCCGGUGAGCAACAAAGCAAACAGCAAGCGUCUGCACUUCAGCCGAUCAGCACCGCGGCCCCCAGCGUGGCUCCGGGGCCGCUCCUCGUCAAGCAAAGCCUGCCCAGGCUACCCAGCGAUAAAAGCCGCAGCAAAAAGAGCAAAGAGCCCAAAUCGCGGGUGAAAAAACUGAAGUACCAUCAGUACAUCCCACCGGACCAGAAGCAGGAGCUCCACGAAGUGCUGAUGGACUCGGCUUAUGCCCGUCUCCUGCAGCAGCAGCAACAGUUCCUACAGCUUCAGAUCUUGAACCAGCAGCAGCAGCAGUACAGCUACCAGUCCGCCCUUCCUGCCCCACUCAAACCAGCAACCGAGGCACAAAGCAGCUGUUCCAGUGUUGUUCUAAGUGGAAAGGCUGCGUCCCGCCACACUCAGACAACCCGCAAGCCGGAUCGCUUACCAGCUAAUCUGGACGAAAUGAAGGUUGCUGAGCUGAAAAGGGAACUAAAACUCAGGUCUCUGCCCGUUUCCGGGACCAAGCUGGACCUUAUAGAGAGGCUCAAGUUGUACCAGGAGAACUCCAACGGUCAGAUUGCGGCCGCCGACGAGACGGCGGCCUCGCAGUCGGACAACAGAGCGCUGACGCCGCCUGCGUCGCCGACAGCCGGUCAGGGCGUCGAUGACAGCCGAUUGGCCGACAGCCCCGCCGAGCUCUCAGAAGCUCUGUCUUCGACCCCCUCCGUGACCUGCGCGAACUUCCCCCCGAGGGCUCCAACGGAGGAGUGCGCCCCGGAGACGAGGUCCUACGAGAGGGACUCCGAGAGGGACAAACGUCUCCACGACAAGGAGCGCCAGAUUGAGGAGCUGAUGAGGAAGCUGGAGCAGGAGCAGAGGAUGGUGGAGGAGCUGAAGAUACAGCUGGAGGUGGAGAAGAGGAGUCAGCAGGCAGACCCUCCGGCUCGGCUCGCACCCUUUCCUCCCGUCCGGGUCAAAGAGGAGAGCGGCGCCGCGCCAAGCUGCUCGGCGUCCAGCGUCUCUCCUGCUCUACCGGCGAGGGUCAAACAAGAGGACGCGGUCCUCCAAAGUCGCUUCAUCGUCGGCGAGCAGACUUUCAAGCCGCUUAAAAUGUCGCCGCCGGUCCCUGCGUGCCGGGGCGCCUCCGCAGCGAGCGCCCCGCUUCCUGCCAGCAGGGUUCAGGUACACGCUGCUGGCCUCAUCCAGGUGCCACAGGAAGGGGAGGCUUCAGCUGCGCUACAACACCAACGCGGCACCGAGCCACUGACAAAGUCUCCGGGCUGUACCAGGCAGCCAACGGCGAUCUUGCCAAAAGUCACGGACCACUUGUCAAAGUGUAAGGACCCACCCCGCUACGAGGACGCCGUCAAACAGACGCGCGGCCUGCAAGCAACUGUUCAGCGUCCCACCGCUGCUAGCCAGCAGAUGGACGACUUGUUUGACGUGUUGAUCGAGAGCGGUGAGAUUUCACCCUUCAUCAGGCAGCACCCGCCCAGUCUGGAGAAGCCUCUCCCUGUGACGGCCAGCGUAACCGUCCUCCCCGUCAACACCGCUUCGUCCCGCCCGCCGCCCGUGGUCCAAGUGGCGCGGCGGCUGCCCGCGCCGCCGCCGCCGCCGCCGCCCCUCAGCCCCUCGGGCAGCUUGGGGGCGCUGACCUCUACCAGCCAGCUGGAAACGCUCCUGGGCGCUCACACUCAAACGCUGAAGCUGACGGAGGAGGUUCACCCCCCCGCGGUUAGCAUGGAAGGGUACUUGAAUGAGAGCAGGUCCCCCUCCGCUCUGCACAGCACCAACAUGGACAAUAUGGACUGGCUGGACCUCACCCUGUCUGUGCCAGCGGAGGGGGUCAACGCUUUGGACAUGUCGGCGCCCGUGGGCGUCUUCUCUUCUGACUUCCUUGACUCGCAUGAACUGCACUUGAACUGGGACUGACCGAGGUGAAGGAAAGUCCUUACCUCCACCAGACAAGUUCAGAUGAACACACUUUUUUGUUAUGCAAAGGAAGCUGCAUUUACUUCCUGUGUGGGGGGGAACAAGUUAUGUUGGAGGUUGGGGCAGCUCUCUUUUGUUUGCUGGCUGUAAAUUAGCCCAAUAAAUCUAUUUGUGCAGCGUCAGUUUAGAAGUUCCUUCAUUGCUUCCUUCGAGGUCUUCAAACUCUCUGCUUGUACAGGGAGACGGAGGCAAAUGGGGCUGGCGGACUGAGUAGAAGUUUCCUUGACAAUACAAUCUUUACUCGUGCCACAAUUUUGUUGUUACGCUCUCACGUCAUUGCUUUUUGUUUGCCAUCUGAUUUGUAAUGAAUGUACAGUGUUGUGUUGGCCUUAGUAGCAGAAAUACACACAAAUGGUGAAUGUUCAUUGUGUAUAUGUAAAUUGUGAAGCAUAAAUCUGAUGUUUACUUCAAUCGAGAGUGUGAAUAUGACAGGGACAUAACAUGAGAUCACUGAGGAAUUGAAUUUAUUAGUAAUCAGUACACAAAU